GCCCAUCUGAUGUCAUCUUGCCGGCAUUCUUUUCGUCUCUGUCUGUUUAUUUCAUUGCAAUCACUUUCAGUUGCAACACAAACAGAUGUCCACUUGCAUAUCGCGAGAGGUUUAAAUCGCAUAUGGGUCAUUCAUCUCUCCCCACCAUGCGUUUGUUGUGGAGUGUGGAGCAGCUGAUCUAGACGUCUCGUUUGGCCGGAUCAAGGUGGACGUUUAACACAACAGGUUAUUGGGGUUUCGGUAAACGAUAGUCGGUCAUGUCUGCGCGAGAAAGGCUUAAAGAGAGGAUGGUUAAAGAAAGCGUGACAUUGCUGCCUUGCUUUUAUUUCGUGGAGCUUCCUCUCCUUGUCUCAUCUAUGGUCAGCCUGUAUUUCCUGGAGUGGACGGACGUUUUCAAACCGGUCCGCUGGGGUUUCAGCUGUCAUGACCGCAGUUUGAGUCUUCCUUACAUCGAACCAACACACGAGGUCAUUCCGUUCCUCAUGCUUCUCAGCUUGGCCUUUGCUGCACCUGCAAUUGCGAUCAUGAUCGGAGAGGGGAUUCUGUUCUGCUGUCUGUCCCGAACGCAGUGUGGAGGCGGGGCCGAAGCCGAUAUCAACGCCGCCGGCUGCAACUUUAACUCUUUCGUCCGGCGAGGUGUCAGGUUUGUGGGUAUCCAUGUGUUUGGACUAUGUGUCACAGCUUUGAUUACUGACAUCAUCCAGCUGUCGACCGGUUACCCCACCCCCUACUUCCUGACUGUCUGCAGACCAAACUACACCCACCUCAACACUUCCUGUGAUGAAAGUUUCUUCAUCCUGGAGGACAUCUGCUCAGGAUCAGAUGGCGCUGUCAUAAACGCCGGCAGAAAGUCCUUCCCGUCACAGCACGCCACACUUGCGUCUUUUGCUGCAGUGUACAUCUCGAUGUACUUCAACAGCACGCUGACGGAUUCAUCCAAACUGCUUAAACCUCUGCUGGUGUUCUUCUUCAUUAUUUGUGCCAUCAUCUGUGGUCUUACCCGACUCAUUCAGCAUAAGAACCACGCUGCUGAUGUUUACCUGGGCUUCCUGCUUGGUGGCUGCAUCGCUAUUUACCUGGGGCUGUUUGCUGUAGGGAAUUUCCAACCCAACGAGAAACGUACAAGUUAUGUUCGAGAUUCUCACCGAACUAUGACCGACCUCUGCCAGCAGGGUCACCACCUCCCCACCAAAAGCUGCAGUGAUGGUCUCUCGUCUUCCCGCUCCGAGGGCAUCCUCCACCGCAACACACGGCACCACCAAGCCGGAUCUGUCAGUCUCAAGAGACCCGGCGGAGACGUGGAGGUCAUCAGCCCCCGCAAUCCCCCGCUCAAGGAGAACAUGGUGACCUUCAGCAACACCCUGCCCAGAGUGCACACACCCGCCAUGGAUGAUUCCGCCUUCCGCAAUGCCACCAUCCACAUAAGCUCGGUGGAUUCGAGUCGAUCCAAGCAGUUGCUGUCCCAAUGGAAGAGCAAGAACGAACAUCGUAAACAUGCAGUGGAAUGCGGGGUAGGUCAGUCUCCUCCCAACAGCAUGGAUGCCCGCUGCAACUCUGAGCCGGCUGUGGGUUUUAACGGUGAACACCAGGGACCCGGAACGCCAUAUGUAAAACUGGCCACUGGAAGUACGACGUUAUCCAGCAACCCCAGUGGAAUCGCUGGCGGCACUCGGAUGCAUGUGCAGUCCCGUCCUGGUUCUUCGCAGUUGGUGCACAUCCCAGAGGAGAUGCAAGAGGGCGGCAGCAGCAUUCGGGACAAAUGGCUGAAGAGCAUAGAGAGGAGCGCGGAGAAGGCCGAGAUACCGGUGGUCAGGACUAACUCUAACGGACAACCGCGCAUAAUGCAGGUCAUUGCGAUGUCAAAGCAGCAGGGCCUGAUGCAGGGAAGCUCUCCCAGUUCUGAAAGCAGCAGUCACACCAGCUCCACGGCACCGUUGCAGCGCUACAAGAGCCUGACGGAGGAAUCUGCAGGUCAGGCCAGCUCAGGGACCAUCAUUAGGGUGGAGGCCCAUCCAGAAAACGGUCGGCCGUUGGUGCAUGCUCACUCCACAGAUGGCAGUGGCUCUUGGACGUGGAAGUCCCAAAGCAGCUUUAGACAGUCGAUUGAGGUUAAUGAUUUGAAUCGCGACUCGGAGAGUUCGGAAUCCGUACGGGAUGGAAACGGCUCUACGGACCGAAAGAGAAAUGGUGUUCCCAAAGUCGUUGCCGUGCCAACCGUCCCCACUGUCUCCACAGCGGGUGGGGACCAACACCCCAACCAAACGAUUUCUACCAUUCGGGUCACUCCCAUGGAAAUGACAGAGUCAGGACCGGCGAGCCGCGACGCAAGCUUACGCAGAAAAACAAGGAUCCUGAUCCCCGAAAGAGGAAACAGUCCAGAUAACACCAGAAACAUUUUCUACAAGGGAACGUCAAGCACCCCUGCAGUGAAAGAGUAGUCAUUACAACUAAAUCAAUGGACGAAUGAAAUAAAAGUAGAUGUUGGGUGUUUUCAUAGACACAUUUGUUGCUCUGCAAAGAAUUCAUUUCUUCGUUUUUUUGUCUUGUCUGCAGUUCAAAUAAAAAAAAUUAUAAAUCAACAUACAUUUACUUGACAAACAAAAUGACAUAAUAGGUAGGUCAAACGAAAAGGACAAACAAAUAAACAAGCACAAAUAUCUGUCAUUGGGAUAAUAAGAAAGUUUUUAAAUUAAAUUCAAGUUUUGGCUUAAUUCAAUAAAUUUAAUUCAAGUAAAUUUUUUCACCCUAAUCUCAGAUGUUUUUGCUCGUUUUAUUUAUUUUUUUAUUUUAUUUUGGGGUGAGAAUGACACAACUUAAUCCAAAAAAUCUUAUUAUCCCCCCAAAACGAAAAAAAUAAUAAAAAUAAAUAUACACUGUAUAUAUACAAUAUACAUGUAUGUAUGUAUACAAUGUUUUUAAGAAAAGAAGACUAAACAUAUCUUUUUCUCAAGUAAAUGGGUAUUGAUUUAACAAGAUUUAAGAACAAAAAUGUAUUAAUUACCAAAUUUUUGGCAGUGUAUGUUUUUUCUAUUGGGGGGGUCACAAUGGUCAAGUAGGCGUUCAAUAACCAGCUAGUGAACCUGUUUAUAUAGAUCUUUUGUAGAUUUGAUAUUAUUAGCAGCGAUGCUUUAAAUGGUGUGCUUACAGCAUGCUGUGCUUUAGCUGUUGGACAGUUUGCACAUAAAAAAAUCAAAUAAUAAUUUUUCCCUUAUGGCCAUUUGUGAUAGUUCCACUACAAGUUUUUUUAAGAUUCUGUGUUGGGUUAAAAAUAGUCUAACUUUUAAAAGCGUGUCAAGUUAUACUCCACUGCUCCAUCUUGCCUUUUUUUGUUGUUGCAAGAAACACAUGUAAAUGCCAACUGAUUGACCUUUGUCCGUUUUACUUUGUAUCUCUGAUGGCAUCACAUGUUUUGCAUGAGAUGAUUCACUGAAUUCUAAGCACAAAACCCAGGUUGACAUUAUUAUGUUAACUUAUGUGAUAAUGUGACUACCGAAUUGUGGCGUGGCGGUAUACCAAACUUGUUUUACCCUCUGAUACACUGUGAAGCUGGAACCGUGUCAAUAUAUCAAUAUCUAUGAUUUUUCAUUAAGCAUUAAUGCGUCCUACACUUGUUAAACAACUAUGCUAGCUGAUACUCUUAUUUUUGUAUUAUAAAUACCUUUCAAACAUGGUGCUGCCGUAUUUUGAGAAUGAAAAGUAAGAAAAGCUGGAUCUUAAAAGAAUAGUAAAACAUCUGCACUCGUAUGAAGUUUCAUGUGAGCUUUCUAAUGACCAUAAGUGCUUCGAUUAUUCUCUUUUGCAAAGGAGAUUUCGCAAUUCGGUUUCAACAUGACAUGCACUUCAUGUUAACUAAUCGCAAUACAAUUGUUUCUUUCCUUCUAUGAACAUGACUGUAUGUCCUACCAGGGUGUGACACAACACCUUUCUAUCAAUAACUACUGUAUAAUACAGUGACAGCCAAUCAGAACAUGCGUUUAUGUUUAGACCGAUGAGAUGUCUUGCACUGUGACAUGAAAAGCAUGAAAUGCUUGUAUUGGUUAUCACUUUCUUAUAUCACUCCUGGAUAGGACAUUUCUUUAAAAAUCGCCAUGAUCAGCUCUCAAAACUCUUCUCAAAUGUACAUAAUCAUUUCCACAGUAAAUCCUACAAAUGAUUCUGAGGUUUGCACAUCAAUUAUUUUCGUGGAUGGAUUGGUUAUUGUUGACACAUAAGUUAUCCAGCCAAAUUUAAUUUUUUGCAUUAGUUUGUGUGGUUGUACCCAAUGUUUUUAAGACAAAAAAAUCACAUUACAUCUUUUUUAUACUUAGUCCAGAAUUAUGGAUUAUGGUUCACAAAUAGAUCUGUGAACCUAAAAUGAAAAAAACUCAUUAAGCAAAUACACUGAAUUGUAUAUUUCCUGUAACUUUACUGUGUAUACCUUUUUAAAAACUGUAAAUGAAUGUGCCAAAGGGUAUUUUAAAGGGAAAACAAUCCGUUUUGAAACAUUUCUAUAGAGUUCUGUAGCUAUUCUUAUAAUCUGAACCACAAACUGUGUGCCAAUGCAUGUUAGUUGAAUAUUUCACAUGAUUUUUCUUCUCUUUUUUUGUAAAUGAUCUGAUGAUGUAGCAGUGUGAUUAUUUAUAUAGAAUAUUAACUACGUGUUGACAAUCUUUAUAGAUGCGGUUGUUUUGAGUCACACGAAAAUAACGUAUGUAACACGUCAGAGAUUGUUUGGAUACCAUGUUAAUGUGUGCUGAUGAUGUUAGAGAUGCAUUAAGCAUGCCGGUAGCAAUGUGUGUUUCCCGAGGAACAUUUUCGUAGCACUUUGUGUAACUGUCAUGGACACGGGGAUGUGAGAUUCGAAUAUGAACGAAUCCGGUCAAACCUGUCACAGCGAUGUCACUGUACGUGACCUGAUACUGGAGCGAAAGUGUUAAGCGAUGUUUAAUGUACUGAGAAUAGACGUUUGUUUACAAUGUUACAUGUGUCUGUUUGACAUAGGUAAAACGGUAGAUGAAAAAACUGUGCCGUAUCAGUGUUGG